AUGACCAGCGACGGGAAGAAGCGCCGCCGCCGCGCCUCGAGCGACAACAGCGAGGAAGAGGCCAAGACACAGCGCACGAUACCCGAAACUGAAGUAGCAGCCAAUGAAGUAGCAGCUGCGUCUCCCCGUGGCCGCGUCCGCGCGCGCGUCGCCCCGCCCGGCCGCGCUCGCAAGGGAUUCCUGGAACAAUCGCAAUUAAGCGAGAAAGACCGACGCCACGUGCGGUACAAGGAGCGCGAGCUCUUGCAGAGCCUCAAGGAGAAUGCAGGCGAGCUGGCGACGCUGUCGAGCGACACGUUUGACGCGCACACGCAGGAGCUGGACCAGAUGUACGAGCACGUGUGUUAUCCGCGCGAAGCCAAUUUGGACGCUAGUAAUCUGGACGAGCUUAAUGUGGCAGUGACGAAACAGUCGCAAGCUUUGGGCUCAAGUGAUUUGACCAAGUACGAGACGACCGAGUUUAUUCGUGCUACGCGGGAGGUGUGUGUGAAAGAGUCAGGGCAUCAAGAGUUUGACUGGAACGCGCUGGGCAAUGCAGCAGGCGCGUGUUUCCGAUCGGUGCCGGAGAUUAGUUUCUUGUUUGGACUGAUGGAUACGGAAGUGACACGGAAGGAGAGGAAAAAGUCGAAACGAGCACAAGAUGACGUGAAUGCGCAAGAAGCGCAGCCGACGGAGUAUACGAACAAGAAAGACCGCAGAGACGCGCAGGCUCGGCGGUUGGAGAUUCUGCAGUCGACGUUGAUUCAGCACGAGUGCCGUCAACCGCUGUUUGAUAUGGUGAUCAAUCCAAAGAGCUUCACUCAGACGGUGGAAAACCUGUUCGACACGUCGUUCCUAGUGCGUAACAAUUCUGCUGAAAUUGGCGUCGACGACGACACUGGUCUUCCGUAUCUGAAGAAUCAGGAAGGAAUGGGCGAAGCCAACAUACCGGCGUCGACACAGAGUAUCAUUAGCAUCACACCAGCUCAGUGGCAGCAACUGGCGCAGAUGACAGGGCGAGAGGAACCCGUGCUUGGCCAUCGAGCGUAG